AUGGCGCUCCUCGCGCCGAGCCCGCGCGCGCUCUGCGUGCGGGAGGCCGCGGCGGCGGCGGCGGCGCCGCACCCGCACUCGCUGGCGGCCGCCGCCUGCUCGACCGUCGGCGGCGGCGGGGUGGCCGGACGGGCGCUGUGGCUGUGGAACGGCGGCGGGACGGGGAGGAGGCGAAGGGAGCGCGAGGGGAAGGUCCGGGUGGAGGCGUACUUCUGGGACGUGUCCAAGCCGGUGGAGAUGGAGGAGAUUGAUAGCAUGGAGAAGCUCGACGACGCGCUCAGGUGGUCCGUCGAGAACAACCAGCCCAUCAUCAUCGACUGGAUGGCUAGCUGGUGUCGGAAAUGCAUCUACCUGAUGCCCAGAAUGGAGAAGAUAGCAGGAGAAUAUCCUGGAGUGAGGUUUUACUUCAUUGAUGUCAAUAAAGUUCCACAAGCGGUGGUGAAAAGAGGGAAUGUAACUAAAAUGCCCACUAUUCAGCUAUGGAAGGAUGGGGAGUGGAAAGCAGAAGUAAUAGGAGGCCACAAAGCUUGGCUUGUGAUGGAUGAGGUUAGAGAAAUGAUCCAGCAGAACAAGUGACUAACACCCAAGUUAUGCAAUGGGUAUUGUACUUCGUUUAAUGUAAAUAGAGACAUCAGACGAUCUCUUCAUAUACUAAGCUGAAAUCAAAUCAAUAAAACCAUAUUUCAGCUCCUUAUCAUA